UUAGUCCAUUUUUAAGCCAUUUCUGCAAACGCCUGUGAACGCAUUGAUUUACGAUGACGGGACCCGAACGCUUUCAGGUGCUUGUUCUGAUCCACUUCUUUGUUACCCUUACCGGGACAAAACAUCUCGUCCGAGGAGACCUGAGCUAUUCUUUUCCAGAAGAGACGAAACUGGGAUUCAUUAUUGGAAAUGUCGCCAAAGAACUUGGAGUUGAUCUCAGUACAUUGUCUUCUCGAAAGGCCCGUGUGGAUGUUGAAGGGAGUCGGAAACGUUACUGUGACGUUAAUCUGAAUACCGGGGAUUUAAUCACAUCGGAGAGAAUUGACAGAGAAAGCCUUUGCGGUAAGAAACCCUCUUGUGUCGUGAAAAUCGACCUGGUGUUGGAAAAUCCUUUAGAGCUUCAUCGCGUCAGUCUUCAUGUACAUGAUGUGAAUGAUAAUCCGCCUAAAUUCAAAAAGAAUUCAAUCGAAAUGGAAAUUAGGGAGUCUGCAGACAAAGGGAGCCGCUUCUCUAUCGAGGAGGCCCACGAUGCGGACAUGGGUCAAAACGACGUUCAAAGAUACGUACUUGAAAAGAACGAUCAUUUUAUACUUUCAGCGGAUAGUAAGAGGGUUCAGCUACAAUUGGAAAAUAAUCUCGAUCGAGAGAAGCAAAGGGAAAUUAAUUUGCUUCUAACAGCUCUAGAUGGCGGAUCUCCGCAGAAAUCAGGGACUGUAGUCAUACAUGUUACAGUGCUGGAUGCUAAUGAUAACGCCCCAGUGUUUACUCAGGCUGUUUAUAAAGCGACUGUGCCUGAAAACUCUCCACCAGAAACACUGGUUAUUACUGUUAGUGCUACUGAUGCCGAUGAGGGAGUGAACGGAGACGUGAUUUAUGACUUUGGACAUGUGUCUGAAGAAAACCUAGAUAUAUUUUCGCUUGAUCCAAAAACCGGAAAAAUUAAAGUAACUGGUGUGAUUGACUUUGAAGAAACAACUUCAUUUGACAUUAGCGUUGAAGCCAAAGAUGGCUUAGGACUGACCUCAUAUGCUAAAGUGCUAAUAGACGUUAUCGAUAUGAAUGAUAAUGCACCAGCUAUUUAUCUGAAAUCAAUGUCCAGCAACACACCUGAAAACCUACCAUCUGGUACAGAGGUGGGAAUAAUUAACGUUCAUGACAGAGACUCUGAGAAUAAUGGACAGGUUCGCUGCUCCAUCCAGGAAAAUGUUCCUUUUAAAUUAGUUCCUUCUAUUAAAAACUAUUAUUCUUUAGUGACCACAGGACAACUGGACCGUGAAUUAGUAUCUGAUUACAACAUUACAUACUGCCACUGAUGAGGGCUCUCCACCUCUGUCCUCCUCUAAAACUAUUCAGUUGUCUGUAGCUGAC